AUGCAGAAUGGAGUACAACAUGGUUAUGGGUUGUUGUAUACAACGAAAGAUAAUGAGACAGAAAUUUAUCUGGGUGGCUGGCGUUCCGGGAAGCGUAACGGUUAUGGUGUCUCCACAACCAAUAGAGAGCGCUAUCUUGGAAUGUGGGAGAACGGGACAAAGCAUGGAAAAGGUGCUAUGAUAAGUAUCGAUGGCGUAUUUCAGGAAGGAGAAUUUGAUAAUAACCGUUUAGUGCGUGGACGCUUGAUACUGGCGCCUACCGAUGGCAGUUUCGGAGUUACAUAUGAAGGUGACUUUGAAAAGUCUGGUAUUGUUUGUGGCAAGGGAAUUCUACAUCUGAGUCGAUUCGACUGCGUCAUUGGCCAAAUGGUUGGCGAUAUUAUUAAUAGUGAAGUGAAAAUCACGAAUGCAACUUAUUUCAGACGCAACAUUGCUUAUUCGCCUGGUUGUUCUGCUCACGAGUAA